AGUGUUUACUCACAUCGCCUGCUAAAGGAAGUGUGUUUGUCCCGCGUGCCCUCCAUCCUCAUGCUGGGGCUGGUGUACCUGACCUACGUGCUGAUCGGAGGGGUGAUUUUCUGGAAGUUGGAGGGAGGCCUCGGGCAGAAGGACAUGGGCCUUUUACUGCAGAGCAAAGAGAGGCUGCUCAUGACGUACACGUGUCUGAACCAAGAAGGCCUGGAGGCCGUGGCUCAGGUUAUUCAAGAUGCAUCGAAGGUGGGCCUGAGUCUGAGAGGAAACCACACCACAGACGGCUUCUGGAAAUUCACCAGCUCAGCUGUGUUCGCUGCGACUGUGGUCACAACCAUAGGUUAUGGGAACAUGAGUCCCAGCUCUACGGCCGGACAGAUCUUCUGUGUGUUCUUCGCACUGUUUGGAAUCCCGCUCAACAUGGUGGUGCUCAACAGGGUGGGCAAGUACAUGCUGGUUAUAGAGAGGAACGUUUCUGACUUCCUGGAGGGGAAGACUGGGCGAAGGACGUGUACCCGCUUCUUCGUCCACCUGGUGUCGUUCUUGUCUGGAGCAGCUCUCUUCUUCAUCAUGCCCAUGCUCGUGUUCCAACAGUACGAGGGCUGGACCUACUCCCAGGCCAUCUACUACUGCUUCAUCACCCUCAGUACCAUCGGCUUUGGAGACUUUGUAGCAGACAAUAAUCCAGAUAAAACAUUCCCGGAGUGGUACAGCGUCCUCAUGGCCUCGUGGAUCUUCUUCGGCCUGGCCUGGCUCGCCCUGCUCAUCAACCACUCCAUCGACAUCCUGGAGCGGCUCAACACCCACUUCAAGCAGCGGUGGGGUGGGCAGCGGCCGGAGGAAGAGUCCGGCCGCGCAGAGCCUGAAAACCCGGAAACUCAGGUGGAGGAGGAAGACGAGAUCCAGAAGCCUCCAAUAACCCAGUAA